AAAAUUACUAAAAAAAUAAAAAAUGUGGUGUUGUUACUUGUUUAAUGUUUGCCUUGUAUUAAAUUUUAACCAAUUUUGCAUAAAAGCACAAUUUUAGUUUAUUUGUAUGAAGUAUAUUAAAUUCUUAUUGAGAUAUAGUCCAAAAAUUAUGAAAAUGGAAGCAUCUACAGUUGUGAUGAAUCAAAAAUGUAUAAAAGAAGGACAAGCAGAGAUACGUCUGACAUCAGACAAGGUUUUCUAUAACCCAGUACAAGAGUUCAAUAGAGAUCUAAGCAUAGCAGUGUUGAGUGUUUUUACUAAGGAUUACAUUGAGGAGAAGCUUACUAGAGCUCAGAAAAUUGUUAAGAAAUCUGAAAAUGUUAUUGAUGAUAUUGCUGGAAAUGGAGAUACCCCUGAGAUCCCUGUAAUAAUUCUAGAAGCACUAUCUGCAACAGGUCUUAGAAGUAUCCGUUAUGCUAAAGAAGUGCCAAACAUAACAAAAAUCAUUGCUAAUGACCUGUCGGAGCAAGCUGUUGAGACAAUAAAGUCUAACAUUGUGCAUAAUGGUGUGGUAGAGUUGAUUGAAACCAGCCAAGAUGAUGCCUGCAUGCUAAUGUACAAACACAAGCAUCCAAGUAAGAGGUUUGCAGCCAUAGACUUGGACCCGUACGGAUGUCCAUCUAUCUUCCUGGACUCUGCAGUACAGAGUGUGCAGGACGGAGGGCUACUGUUGGUGACUGCAACUGAUAUGGCAGUUUUGGCGGGAAACUCACCCGAGACAUGCUAUUGUAAAUAUGGGGCUGUCAGUCUAAAAACUAAAUGCUGCCAUGAAAUGGCAUUGAGAAUCCUACUGCAAUGUAUAGAGCAACACGCAAACAGAUACAGUCGGUACAUCGUACCACUACUGAGUAUAUCUGCCGACUUCUAUAUUAGAGUGUUUGUCAAAAUCUACUCUGGGGCGAUACAUUGUAAAAAAACUACCAGCAAAUUAUCUAUGGCAUACCACUGUGUGGGCUGUGACAACAUAACCCUGCAACCACUCGGGGGUUUCAAACCCAACCCGACAGAGAAGAACCCCCAACAAACCAAGGCCUAUCUACCCGCAGUGCCUCCUGUUGGGGAACACUGUGUACACUGCAACCAGAGGCAUCAUCUAGGCGGUCCGAUAUGGUCGGCGCCGAUACAUGACGAUGUGUUUGUGACGCGCGUACUCACACACGUGCAAGAGAAUCCAGAAUUAUUUGGCACCAACAAACGUAUCCAGGGAGUUCUCGCCAUGGUCCGGGAAGAGUUGCCGGACGUGCCGUUGUAUUAUACCCUGGACAAACUGUUUGGGAGGGUGCAUUUGGAAACCAUGCCUAUGCUAGUUAUGAGGUCCGCGAUCCUGAACGCAGGGUAUAAAGUGUCGUACUCCCACGCAGCGAAGUUGUCGAUAAAGACCGCGGCACCCGCUCAGAUCAUAUGGGACAUCAUACGCACGUGGGAGAAGACUCACCCCAUCAAACCGGCCAAAUUGGAAUCGGACCCUGUCGCAAAACACAUACUGUCACAAGACAUCAGAAGUGGGAUCGAUCUGAGCGAGCGACCCGACGCCAACCCGAUAAGUCGCCGCGACGGACAACUGCGCUUCCAGUUCAACCCGACACCGUAUUGGGGACCCGGCUCUAGAGCCGCUGUGAAUAUUGGCGAAGAGAAAAUAUCGAAGGCGAUACGAAAUCAGAACAAACACAGCAACAAGGAAAAAAGCGCUGGAAAACGAGGCCAUUCUCCAUCGAGUGAUGACGAAAAUCACAAGAAAACCAAUGUGGAGUAUGAACAGACAGUUGUAUAAAUAAA